UAUAUAAGUCCAUAGCAUUCUGCAUUUAGGUAUUAUUUAUAAAUAACCAACGAUGGAUACAAGAUUAAUUCUCGUAUUGGUUGUUAUGGAUGAAUUUUAUUUGGUGAACUUGAACAAUAUUCACAGUUCCAUGGAAAUGAUUGAUAUAUUGGAGAACAAUUUAUUGAUUGAAAUUUUGUAGAAUUUUAUAGUGUUUUGAAAAGGAAUUGUUCAUCAGUUCGUUCGUUAGUUCUUCAGGCGUAACGUCAGCUUUCACGUAGGGUAAUAUCCCAGACAAUUAUUCACCGGUCUUUACGUCUCCCUUCACCUAGGAGGAUAUCGCAGACAAUUAUACGUUGAACGUUGGGUGAACUUUUAUACGAUCCCGAAAAGAAAUUAUAUCCGGUGAACGUUUGACAAACUUUUACAUUAUUUCUGAUAGCUUUUGCAGUGCUUUGAAAACGGAUUCUCUUCAAAGUGUCGCACAAAAGAUGCAUUGCGUAAUUAUUCUUCAAUAAGUGUAUGUUAUAGUGUGGUAUUUGACUGAAACAUACUACGAGUGUAUGUUGUGGUAUUUGACUGAAACAUGCUAAGAGUGCAAUAACUGUAUGUUAUAGUGCGGUAUUUGACCUAAGCAUACGACGGGUACAAUAAUUCUAAAUUAAAAAAUAUCUCAUAUGGAUUAAUGCUUUGAACCUCUGUCCAAUAAAGACGUAUCGAACAAAAAAGCUUAAAUAUAUACGUGUACAUUUUAAUUUACAUUUCUUUAUGAGUGCCAUAUAAUCCUGGAAAUUAUAAGUAAAACAUUGUAAAGGAAAUGUAAAAAGAAUCAGAAGUCUUUGCGUUCACUUUGAAAUCGGAUAAUCAUUGGAAAUCUACCACACAAGUUUUGACGAUGGAAAUAGUUAAUUCAUCUAACGUAUCUACAAUGGCGACACCAAGAAAAGAGACUGACUUUGUAGAUUUGAUAUGGUACCUACGGGGUCCCAUACAAUUUUAUAUCAUUAUAGUCGUAAUACUAGUCAACGUUUUAUUGCUGAUUAUGUUAAGAAAAAGUGAAAUGAAAUCACUGGUCUCAACCCUGUUAUCGGCUAUAGCUAUAGCGGAUCUGAUUGCGUCAUUGACAAUGUUUCCAAGGGCAAUAAUGUUCUACUAUCUGAUCGAUCCCAGGGCUAACCCCCCAUACAGUUGGUGUCGUGUUUUGUCUUUUUCUUACAUACUUCCAGUAAUGAUUCACACUUUGUCGACUUGGUUUACUUUAUUGCUGGGGGUUUUCCGCUAUAUAACGGUGUGCCACCCAACCAAGGCAGCACAGUGGUGCCAAUACAGGAUCGCCUAUAGAGUCAUAGCUGUUAUGAUUCUAGUCUCAGUUUCAAUCUUCGUCUGUGAUUUUUUUGUUUUUAAAAUCGAGCCAGAAGACAUUUGGAAUUAUCAACUCAAUAGGUCCGAGACAACUUGCCAGUACACAUACAAGCACUGGAUUCAGGAGAAUGAAUUCAUAUAUCACCUUGUUCAAGACAUUAUGAGAUUAAUUUUUAUUUAUAUAAUUCCAUCUGCGGGUUUGCUAUUUAUUACUUCGAAGCUAAUCUUAACCAUGAAAAAAGCCAACACCACCAGAAAAUAUUUAACGGAACGAAUAACACAGCAAACCACAGAUUCGAACAGAACCAAUGUACUUCUCAUUCUUGUUCUAAUUUUGUUUUUAAUUGUUGAGAUGCCAGUUUAUUUACUUGGCGGCAUCAUAAUUGGUGAGACGUAUACACUAACUAUUAUAAUUCCGUUGCAAUAUUAUUCAUUCCUUAUUCCUGCUUCUAAUAACACAAUUCUAGUAACCUCUACGUUUAAUUUCUGUAUUUAUUGUGUCAUGGGAAGAAAAUUUAGAUCGGUGAUUAAAAGAUGCUGUCGGCACUCGGGACAAAAUAAUAGGACACUGUAAAAGAAUUUAAGACCUACGGGUUCCUUGGUGAUGUGUAUUCGUUCUAAUUGUGCUAAAUACGGGAUACAUUAAACUAUAACUAUUUCACACGAAAGAUGCUUUCGGUACCAGGACAAAGUAAUAGGACACUAAAAGAAUUGUGCUAAAUACUGAACACAUUAAACUAUAACUAUAACUAUUUCAUUCUGUGGCGUUUCAUACGGUGGCUGAUAAGGGACAUGAAAAAUAACAUAAUUUGGUUUUUUUUUUGAAUAUUCAACCAAGUCAAUUUUAAUAUAAUUUGGUUUUUUCAUAAUUUUCACACAAGACAAUUUUAAUUUCCAUCCAAGUCAAUUUUAAUGUACGCGUUCAGAAUGCGACUGUGCGUUUAGUAGUAAAAUGACAGCUUGAAGGUAACACAGAAAUGACGUCGAUCCCACGUGGACGGAACUGUUGACCAGUUGAGGCUCGAGUAGAAUUCAAAGUUGAGACUCGAGUUGAAUUCAAAGUAUUGUGUAUCAUUUCCUAGCACCAAUAACUGUGAGACACUACAGGCUUAUUUUAUAGAACGUAUUUAUAUUGAUCAACCUAUGUAAUAUUAUAGAGGUUAUUUUAGUUUUAUGAAAGGCGCUCUGUUUAAUAUAUUGAAGUGGUUCAACAAAUAGGUGGCAACAAGAAAUAGGCUAAUUGGGUAUUUUGCGAGCUUUAAGUUUCUUAGACCUAACUCACAGACAGUUUCUCCCACCAUCAAUUGUUGAAAGUAGGGUACUAUCGUCCAGUCAUCUCGUGCACAGAUUAGUCCAAUUAAAUAGAAUAAUGUUGAUGUAAAACGAUGCCGAUACGAAACACUUACCCAAAAAGGGUAAUUGUUCCGACCUAAUAGCUGACGCGUCUAUACUUUCUAUAUACGAAACAGCGAGGUUAAUAUUCCCAUCAUCCAGAGUUCCUAGGGGAACAUGAUACCCUCAGCCUUCCCGGCUUUAGAUGUCGGAAUGACCCUAGCCACAGAACACGCGCUAAGUGAUAGAGAACUUAUAUUUAAUGUCAUAAUGUGUGCAGUUUCUUUAAUGUAACCUUUGUAUUAUGGAUAUUAUAAAGAUAUAAAAACAUAGUUAACGUAAACCACAAGCUAGGGGAUAGAGAACUUAUAUUUAGCUUAUAUUUAAUACCAAAGCUGUGUGUGUAGUUUCCUGUAUAUUGUGGAUGUUAUAAAGAUAUAAAAACAUAGUAAACCGACAAUUUGUCCCAGAGUCAAUUGAUUCUUGAAAUUUUAUACACAACGCGAAGUCAAAGUUAGUUCCAAAUUGACAGUAGUGGCACACCUGGUGGGAGACUUAGAAAUGGUGAUAACACAAAACUUACCUACUUCAUUGUCCGUACUCAAGGGAUUUGAAUGUAUUUGCAUCUAAAAUAUGAAACAGCAUGGCAUUACUUUGAACUCUUUUAAACACACUUUUAAAAUACUUUUUAGAAAAUAUUUAUUGUGAAACUGUUUUAGUUAUGACGUUCUAUUACAAUUUUUAACAAUUUUAGAGAUAAAUGGUAUGAAUUAAA